CUGGCUGUGAUGCUCAGACGCGCCCAGUGCUCCCUGUCCUGGGGCUCGGUAGACACAGGAGCUCGCGCCGGUCCGGGCUCCUCUACUUUUUUCCUCAGUUGGGAGCGCGGCUCAGCGGCUCUUUGCACGUAGCAGGUUCGGUGCUGGGUUCUGGUCUGCCAUUUUCAUUACUAACUGCCAUUUAGAGCAACCAGACUAAAGGAUAUCUGCUGUAUGUAAUAAUCCCCAGUUUCUACUGGAGGCAGAAAUGGCACCAAGAACGAGUAAAUGCCCACAGAUUUUCGAGAAAAUUUCCCGGUUUAUUUCAGACAAAUUGCCAACAGCCGAAUAUUCCAGUUUAUUCAAUGAUUUUGUUGAGUCUGAAUUUUUUCUCAUUGAUGGGGAUUCAUUACUUAUCACAUGUAUAUGUGAGAAAUUAUUAGAGCCUGGACAGAGUCUCCAUUUCUUCUACCUGGUUGAACGCUAUCUCAUGGAUCUUUUUAAUAAAGGAGGGCAAUUUACCAUAAUUUUCUUCCAGGAUGCUGAGUACACAUAUUUCAGCUCUCCUGAACUUCUUCCUUUGAGAACUGCUUUAAUUCUUCAUCUUCAGAAAAAUACCUGCAUUAAUGUUUGUACUCAAUUUACUGGAUGCUUAUCAAAGGAGUGGAAAAUGUUCUUGGAUCAGAAUUACCCGUAUUUCCUGAUAGUUGCAGAUGAAGGCCUGAACCCUCUGCAAACCCAAAUUUUCAACCUUUUAAUCAUUCAGUGUUGGUCUAUGAGAGUCAAUGUUGUGCUUUUCUCUGGGCAAACAUCUGAUAUUCUUCGACUUUAUGCAUACUUUCUGCCAAGUCUAUACAGGAACCAGAACUUUUUCAAGGAGAAUGAAAAUGAGAUUCAAAUUGCUUAUAAAAAGCUCCUUAGAAAAUUGAGAAAAUACAGAGUUCUACCUUUAGCACCUCUUUUUAAAAACUUUGCAUUGAAACAUAUGAUGGAAGAGGCAUAUGAAACUGUAUCUCUGCUCCAACAAGUCUGGCCAAAAGGAUCUGACAUUCGACGUGUCAUUUGUGUCACUUCAUGCUCACUGGCUUUGGGAAUGUACCAUCGCUUCUUAGAAAACAGAAGAAAGACCCCCUCUGAAGAGACAACUGAUAACAAAACGGUGAACAGUGAUUACUUAACCCUGCGGGAUGUGGAAGAUCUGUGCAAACUGCAUUGUCUCAGUGUGGUUUUUCUACUACACGUACCUCUGUCUCAGAGAGCUUGCUCUAGAUUCAUCACUUCCAGUUGGACUGAAGACACUCAGAUAUUCUUUAAAAUGAAAAAGUGGUGUGACUAUUUCAUCCUAUGUAAUAUAAAUGUUUUGGAAUUUUGGAAUCUGAAUUUAAUUCAUCUUUCUGAUUUAAGUGAUGAGCCUUUGUUGAAGAAUAUCACUUUUUAUUAUGAAAAUGAAAAUGUAAAAGGUCUACAUUUGAAUUGGGGAAGUGCCAUUAUGAAAGAUUAUGAAGAUCUCUGGGAGACUGUAUCCAAGUUGGUAAGAAAGUUUGAAGUAGGAAAACCAUUUCCUGUGAGGACAACCAAAGUUCAGUUUCUUGAAAAGAAUCCAUCAUCAAUCAAAGACAACUCCAAGGAAAAGAUGCCUAAUUUGGGUUUUAUUCCAAUGUCAUCCCAAAUGGUCCAUAAAUUUGUUGGAGACAUUUUGAAAGAUUUACCUUUUCUAAAGAGUGAUGACCCUAUUGUAACGUCGCUGGUUAAACAGAAGGAGUUCGAUGAACUUGUGCACUGGCAUUCUCACAGACCCCUUAGUGACGAUUAUGAUCGGACUAAGAGCAACUUUGCCGAAAACUCUAAUGACCCUUAUUUUCAUAGAAACUUGCAAAAAUAUCAUAAUUUUCAACGCUUUUAUGGAAAUUCAUUAGAUCCAGUCUCUUCAAAACUCAUUGUGACCCAAGGUAUAAAGCAGCAGAGGAAUUUUAAUGAGGCCAAGAGCAAAAAGGCACAUGAGACCAAAGCUGAAAUAAUUGCCAGAGCGAAUAAGGAGAGGAGAUUUGCCAAGGAGGAACAAAAAGAAGAGCAAAAAUGGAAUGCUCUGUCAUUGUCUAUUGAAGAAGAAAUGACAAAGAAUUUAAACUCUGGGGUAAAGGACUUGGAAGACUUUUUGAAAUCAUGUAAAAGUAACUCAGUGAAAAUUCAAGUUGAAAUGUUUGGGCUUACUGCCUGCUUGAAAGCAUGGAAAGAACACUGUCAAGGUGAAGGCAAGACUGUAAAAGAUUUCAAUAUAGCUAUCCAAAUGAUGAAAAGGAUCCACUCCUUGAUGGAUAAAUACUCAGAUCUUCUGCAAGAUACAGAUCGGCAGUUCAUAGGAAAAUGCCUUGAUUAUUUAGGAUUUGAUGACUUGGCAAGGUCUUUAUUUACAAGCCAGGAUGUAAUAGAUGAUAUAAGGAAAAAGCGAAAGAAUAAAUAUUCAGUUGGCAUUGGGCCAUCUCGGUUUCAACUACAGUACAUGGGCCAUCAUUUGAUACGAGAAGAAAGAAAAGAUCCAGAUCUGAGAGUUCAGGAUUUUAUUCCUGACACUUGGCAGCGAGAACUCCUUGAUGUGGUGGAUAACUAUGAGUCAGCAGUGAUUGUCGCUCCAACAUCCUCAGGCAAAACCUAUGCUUCCUACUACUGCAUGGAGAAAGUGCUGAAGGAGGGUGAUGAAGGGGUGGUUGUGUACGUAGCACCAACAAAGGCCCUGGUUAAUCAAGUGGCAGCAACUGUUCAAAAUCGUUAUACCAAAAAUCUUCCAAAAGGUGCAUCACUAUGUGGUAUUUUUACAAGGGAAUAUCGUCACGAUGCACUCAACUCUCAGGUACUUGUUACAGUGCCUGCCUGCUUUGAAAUUCUGCUGCUAGCUCCACAUCGCCAACAAUGGGUGAAAAGGAUUCAAUAUGUUAUAUUUGAUGAGGUCCAUUGUCUUGGUGGAGAAAUAGGAGCAGAAGUCUGGGAGCAUCUCCUUGUCAUGAUCCGAUGUCCCUUUUUGGCUCUUUCGGCUACCAUAAGUAACCCUGAGCAUCUCACAGAGUGGCUGCAAUCAGUCAAACAUUACUGGAGACAAGAAGACAGAAUAAUAGGAAAAAGGAUGACCUCCAAAAGAAGUGCUGGCUGUCGUGCCAGUUUUUCCAAAGACUACUUGCAAAUAAAGCAAUCAUAUAAAGUCAGACUUGUGCUCUAUGGAGAGAGGUACAAUGAUUUAGAGAAGUACAUAUGUUUUGUCAAACACAAUGACAUUUGUUUUGAUCACUUUCACCCAUGUGCUGCACUAACCAUAGAUCAUAUUGAAAGGUACGGAUUCCCUUCUGACCUUGCACUUUCACCUCGAGAAAGCAUCCAGCUUUAUGACACCAUGUUUCAGGCCUGGAAAAGUUGGCCACAGGCCCAGAAACUGUGUCCAGAAAACUUCAUUCAUUUCAAGAAUAAAUUAAUCAUUAAAAAGGUGGAUGCUAGAAAAUAUGAAGAGAGCUUAAAGGAAGAAUUAAGAAAUUGGAUUAAAAAUGGCCAUAUAGAGCAGGCUAAACUGGUACUGAGGAUUCUUAGCCCUGAUUCAGCAGUCAGUUCAGGAAAUAUGUUGGAGAACUUUCCACUUCUUGUUGAAAAGCUAAGGAUAAUGGGGAAGCUACCUGCACUAUUUUUUAUAUUCAAUAUAAAAGAUGUAGAAGAAUGUGCUAAGAGUGUACACGCUUUCUUAGAGGGAAAGCAGGAGAAGAAAAGGCCCCCCAAAGCUGAUAAAGAAGCUCAUGAAAUGGCUAGCAAACUUCGAAAAGUUAAGAAAUCCAUUGAGAAACAAAAAACAUUCGAUAAAAAAAGCAAGAAAAAAAUGAGAAGAUUGGAUGAAAGCCUCAUACAUGAAGCUGAACAUAAUUGUCUACUGAAAAGUUUAGAGAAGAACCUGGAAAUUCCUCAGGACUGCACAUAUAGUGAUCGAAAAGUGAUGGAUGCUGAGUUACUGAAGAUGGUGUUUGAUCGUGUAAAACACCAAAGAAAAGGUGAAGAACUCAAAGCUUUGGCAGAGAGUGGUAUUGGAUAUCAUCACAGCGCCAUGGGUGCCAAAGAAAAACAGCUAGUUGAAAUUCUCUUUCGAAAAGGAUUCAUUAGGGUGGUGACAGCUACUGGCACACUUGCUUUAGGAAUCAACAUGCCUUGUAGAUCUGUGGUUUUUGUCCAAAACUCAGUCUAUCUGGAUGCUUUAAAUUACAGACAGAUGUCUGGCCGUGCUGGAAGACGAGGGCAAGACCUGCUGGGAGAGGUAUAUUUCUUUGAUAUUCCAAUUCCCAAAGUAGGAAAACUCAUAAAAUCCAAAGUUCCUGAGCUCAGAGGACAGUUCCCUCUCAAGAUAACGCUGAUCCUGCGACUCAUGCUGCUCGCUUCCAAGGCGGAUGACCUAGAGGAUGGCCAGGCAAAGGCGCUGUCCGUGCUAAAGCAUUCACUGCUGUCCUUCAAACAACCAAGAGCCAUGGAGAUAUUAAAACUUUACUUCUUAUUUUCUUUACAGUUCUUGGUGAAGCAGGGCUAUCUAGAUCGAGAAGGAAAUCCCACAGGGUUCGCUGGACUUGUUUCACAUUUGCAUUAUCAUGAACCUUCUAAUCUUGUUUUUGUCAGUUUUCUUGUAAGAGGCCUUUUCCAUAAUCUUUGCCAACCAACUAAUAAAGGAUCAAAGUGUUUUUCUCAAGAUGUUAUGGAAAAGCUGGUGCUAGUACUGGCAAAUCUCUUUGGAAGAAUGUAUAUUCCAGCAAAAUUUUAUGAUGAUAAUAUGAAGUUUUAUCAAUCAAAGGUAUUCCUCGAUGACCUCCCUGAGGAUUUUAGUGCAGCUUUAGAUGAGUACAACAUGCAAGUCACAAAGGACUUUGCCUCUUUUUUACUAAUUGUGUCCAAAUUGGCUGAUAUGAAACAGGAAUAUCAACUCCCAUUAUCCGAAAUCAAAUUCACAGGUAAAGAAUGUGAAGAUUCCCAACUUGUGUCUCACUUGAUGAGCUGCAAAGGAGGAAGAGUAGCAAUUUCACCAUUUGCUUGUCUCUCUGGGCACUUUGAUAGUGCUUUGCUUCAACCAGGUGUUUCAAGUGAUUUCAUUCUACGCACACUUGGCAUUAACCAUACUCAAGCUCCUGUACUGUGGUCAAAAAGAUUUGAUAGUCAGGGAAGAAGAAUGCCACUUAAUGCUUAUGCCCUGGACUUCUACAAACAUGGUUCCUUGGUAGGAUUAAUGCAGGACAAUAGGAUACAUAUGGGGGCAGCUUAUGAUUUGUUGAAAGAUUUUGCACUCACUAUUAAAUCUAUCAGUGUUUCCUUGCGUGAAUUAUGUGAGAAUGAAGAUGACAACGUUGUUUUAGCAUUUGAGCAACUGAGUGAAACCUAUUUUAAAAAACUGAGUAAAGUCUAAAAAGCAAAGUCCAUGCAAACCUCUUCAAAUAUUGCCUGGAAGUUUUACAAGAUACAGUUUGGGUUUGCAUGCUGUUCAUGAGAAAACACAUGAUGGAUUUGAAGAAGAAGCCCUGGCAUCAAAGAUUCACCCCUCAUGAGUGCUCUUGGACAAAUUAUUUGUUGUAUCUAAAUCAUAGUUUCCUUUUAUGUUUGACUAAUUGUGCUUACAUCAGAGUUUGUGGAGGUUUGACAGACAACACAAAGAUUUUGAAUGUAACUAAAGAACCAUAUUUCCUCCGUGAGACCAAAACAAAUAUUACACUUUUAAAAUUUUUCUUCUUUUUCUUUUCUUCAGUUUCUGAAUAUCAGUGAA